AUGGAUCCAGGUAAAAAAGAGCUUCUUAAGCGCGAGGGAUCGCAAGAACUCAUUCUAGAGAACUUGGAUGGACAAGUUUGUCUUCGAGAGCCAGUUGUCAAGACCAUGCUGGAUCCGAGAUUCGAGCAAGCAGAUCGGCGAAUCAGAGCGAAAAUGCUGUUUGAGAAAACGACACUGAUCAAGCCAGACGGCCGCUGCUUCGAGGAGCUCAAAAGAGAAGUCAUCGAAGAAGGAAGAAAAAUCAUCGAAAUGGAGAUGAACCUGCUCAACAUGAAAAGACUCAAGAUCUCGGAAGCGGAUCAGAGAAAUAGACCACAUCGAAACGACCAGAUUUCUCAGCGCUGGAAUAAUCUCUGCGCGGCGGGUGGAAAGGUUUGGUAG